CAUCGCCAAGUAUCAGCUUGAAAAUGUUACCUUUAUUGUUAAGUGUUUGUUUGGUGAUUAUUUCUGGUAAUUCAGCUACAAUUACUUCAUUGAUGGACUUACCGUUGAAUUUACCAAAGGGUAAUUACAUUAUUGAUGCAACGUUAAAAGACUUGAGCAAUGGAGAUAAAUACUUUAUGAAAGAGUUUAUUUCAUCCAAAUCAACAAUUAACGGAAUGAUUGUAGUUGAUUCACCUAAAAAUACAUUCAAUGUUUAUUACAAUAUGACGGACGGAAACGGAAAGGACAGUGAUGAGCGUAAAGUGAUUAUGGGUAUCGAUUGUUCAUUAUACAAAUUGUCGAGCUCUCAACUCUUGCCUGGGAUCAAUAAGCGAUUGACGAGUUUGUUAGUAGCCAUGGGACCAUCGAUACUUUAUCGUCUCGGACAUAGUUCACUAAUUAGGGAAAAGAGUGACAAUGAAAAUGUGAGAGGUAAGAUAAUGAAAAGUUUCACAGCCGAUAUCAACGAUAAAUUGAAUAUCACUUAUUAUUACAAAUCUAAUUUGGAUAAAAAAUCAGGUCUACAAGCACCGAGUCGAAUUGCUUUCAGUGGGAGUGACCCAUCAUCUAUACUUGAUUCAAUGAACGAGGAUUUAAUUUUGGACAUUUACUAUCAAAAGUCAGACUCGACUAAAGAUUUAUCAAAAACUGUCAACCCACUUCCAGGAAUCGGCUGUUCAACUUACUAUGAAGAUACGUUACCUUUACCAACAUUGAAUUCCCAUCUUGUCCAUUUCAUACUUUCGGAAACAAUUACUGGUGCAACAACUACUAAAAGUAUCAGCGAGAUACAUGCCAAUGAUAAGCUAAAAUUGAUGCGUUUGAAAACAUCACCUCUUGGCGUUGAAAUGGAAGCUCUUUAUGACUAUUCCCUCGGAAUAGUUAAUAUAUUUCAAGAUGGAGGAUCUUGUAACAUCUCGAUAGCUGAAAAAACAUCACCCGGUGUUGACCAAUUGACAAAUCAGUUUAGUUUAAAAACAUUACUUCUGCUGGAUGGACAUUACAGGUAUUUAGGUGAAAUGGUCCUUGAAAAUCGACCUGGAUUCGCGGUGAAAGCAUGGGAAUCGAUUCGGUAUAACACUAUCACUAAUAACGAUAAAUACGAUAAGGUUGUGGUUACUCAAUAUUUCACUGAAACUACUAGCAAAGUUGCUUUUAAUGGAUACCUGAUUGUUGCAACGAUAAUUAAUUGCUACAGAUUAGACACCAAGCAAAAAUUACAACUCGUUGAAGUUAUUCAGAGAGAUUACUUGGAUUUCCGAGUUGUAGAAUCUGAAUCCAAAUUUCAUGAUAAGUUUUCAUUGGCUGGAUGUAAAUACUUCACUGGUGACAAGACACUUACCUUUCAACUAGGAUGCCAAGCACCGAACUGUAUGAAGUUCGCUGAAGAUAACGUGUACGCAUUAAAAGAGCACUUCAGACAGUCCCUACUUAUCAACUAUGACCUUAGUCCAUUGAGAAUAAUUGAAAUGGCCGUUACUUUCAGUACUUUGACGAUUGAUAUCAGAAUCGAUUUUCUUGAAGCACCAAAUCUACUAGAUGUAUUCUCACCCAAAACUUACUCUGUUAGCGAUAAUACUUUUAAGUCACUGUCACGAACAGUCAAAACUGCAGGAGAAAUUGACUGUCUAAGCAUUUUAUCAACUGAUUAUUCUGAUUUCGAUAUUGUGCUCUUCUGUCCAACGAUUAAUAUUUGUGGUAUCAUGAAAGGAAUCGAAAAUGUCAAAGAAGAUGAUAAAAAAGGUCAAGCCUGUCAAGUGUUCCAAAUACCAUUACACAAUUUAAAUCGAAUGGUUCAUGAAAUAACAAACAAAGAUCUUCAAUCCCGUUUACUUCGAGAUACAGCUUACAAAACAGUCUCAUUGACUGAUAGAUUCUGGAAACCAGUCGAUUACAAAGUAAUUGAUAUUAUUGAUGAAACUCGAGAUCAAACUGAUCAUUCAGGAAAUCUUUUUCGCCUUUCUCAUUCUGACGAAAAGUUGAGAGCCAACGAUCCAAAUGUUGCUGUGGCUGCGAACGUGAAAACAUUUUCUGACUUUACGAAUAUGACCCCGCAAAAAGCUCCAAUUGAUCUGGCCAAGAGUGACUCAAACUGCGCAGUUUAUACCAAAAACAAUUUACUCGAUUACUCAGUGAUCAGAAAUCGCCAAUUCAAAUCAUUAUCUUCGAUUCCACUAGAAUUGAAUGUCUAUCAAUGUGCCUCAGAAUGUAGUUCAGAUGAAAACUGUGUCUCAUUCCAAAGUUGUGGCACGACUUGUACCAUGGGUGGAUUUUAUACCGAUUCGGGCACCGAAUAUGAUUCUGACUGCGAAAUUUACAUUCCUAAAGUUUCGAAUAUGUAUCAGCCCACAGGAAGAAAACUUGUAUCGGAAACUUUUCACCUGUAUGAUCAAUGUGCCGCUUUAUGUUACAGUUGGACUGAUGAUUUGGACUCUUGUCAAUCGUUCAACUUCUGUCCAACAGGUCGAUCGACAAGUACUUGUUCAUUAUCGAAAUACUCGGUCAAAGAUUCGAAGACUGCAACCACAGAUGCGACGAAUUGUUCCAAUUACGAACUAGUUAAGAACUCGAAUAAGAAAAGACAACCAGCUCCCACCGAAAAAAAAGGUACCAGCGGAUCAGCAGCAUUUGGAAUAAUUUUGAUCUUCAUAGCCACUGGUUUCUUAUUCGGUAUUGGACUUCCGAUUGCAUAUUUGAAGAUGAAAACAUUAUCAAGUCGAAUUGCUCAAGGUACGUGGAACGAGCAAAGUUUCACUUGGGAGCGACAAGUGAACGAUGAAGAGCCUGAAGCUGAUGGCUACUCUGACUACAAAAGCAAUUUGUAGUAUUGGUUUGACCUUAGUCACUAAAUGAUUCGAAAUUCAAGUGUUAAAAUCACAAUCAAAAUGGAAUAAAUUAAAUAUUUUUUACAAAUUAUUGAUAAUCACGAAAUAAACUCCA